UUUUUUUAGCCAGGAAAGAGGCGCUUUCCACGGCGGGGAAAGCAGGCUGUAGAGGCGAGGGCCGGCCGUGGUGGUGGUGGUGGAGCCCCGGGGCUUGCGUUGAGACGGCGCGCCUAAGUGGAUGGGAUGGAGCCGGGAGCAUCUGGCGCUGUGCCCAUGGGGCCGUACCCCCCUCCCCUGCAGCAGGUGUUCCAGGCCCCCCGCAGGCCGGGCAUGGGCACCGUGGGGAAGCCCAUCAAGCUGCUGGCCAACUACUUCGAGGUGGAGAUUCCCAAGAUGGACGUCUAUCACUACGAGGUCGACAUCAAACCCGACAAGUGUCCCCGACGGGUCAACAGGGAGGUUGUGGAGUACAUGGUGCAGCAUUUCAAACCUCAGCUUUUUGGCGACCGGAAGCCGGUUUACGACGGCAAGAAGAACAUCUACACAGUCCUGGCUCUUCCUAUAGGGAGUGAAAAGGUGGACUUUGAGGUGACCAUCCCGGGCGAGGGUAAGGACCGCAUCUUUAAGGUGUCCAUCCGCUGGCUGGCGAAGGUGUCAUGGCGGCUGCUGCAGGAGACUCUGGUCAGCGGGAGACUUCAGGUCCCACUGGACUCUGUUCAGGCUCUGGACGUGGCCAUGAGACAUCUGGCCUCCAUGAGGUACACUCCAGUGGGACGAUCAUUCUUCUCCCCCCCUGAGGGGUAUUACCAUCCUCUGGGAGGAGGCAGGGAGGUGUGGUUCGGCUUCCAUCAGUCAGUACGACCCGCGAUGUGGAAGAUGAUGCUGAACAUAGAUGUGUCAGCCACAGCCUUCUACAAGGCCCAGCCCGUCAUCGAGUUCAUGUGCGAGGUUCUGGACAUCCGCAACAUCGACGAGCAGCCCAAGACUUUAACUGAUUCCCAAAGGGUCCGAUUCACCAAGGAGAUCAAGGGUGGGUCCCUACCCGGACUGAAGGUGGAGGUGACGCACUGUGGUCAGAUGAAGAGGAAAUACAGAGUGUGUAACGUCACACGUCGUCCUGCCAGUCACCAGACGUUUCCUCUGCAGCUGGAGAGCGGUCAGACGGUGGAGUGUACCGUAGCGCAGUAUUUUAAACAGAAGUAUAACCUGCAGCUGAAAUACCCUCACCUGCCCUGCCUGCAGGUGGGCCAGGAGCAGAAGCACACCUACCUGCCCCUGGAGGUGUGUAAUAUCGUAGCUGGGCAGAGGUGCAUCAAGAAGCUGACAGAUAAUCAGACGUCCACCAUGAUCAAAGCCACGGCGCGGUCAGCACCAGACAGACAGGAGGAGAUCAGCAGGCUGAUGAAGAACGCUAAUUUUAAUCUGGAUCCAUAUAUACAAGAGUUUGGGAUUAAAGUGCGGGACGACAUGGCGGAAGUGACGGGAAGAGUUCUCCCAGCGCCCAUCCUGCAGUACGGAGGCAGGAAUCGGGCCAUAGCCACGCCCAACCAGGGUGUCUGGGACAUGAGGGGGAAGCAGUUCUACAACGGGAUUGAGAUCAAAGUGUGGGCCAUUGCCUGCUUCGCUCCACAGAAACAGUGCCGAGAGGAAGUUCUAAAGAACUUUACAGAUCAGCUGCGUAAGAUCUCUAAGGAUGCUGGGAUGCCUAUCCAGGGGCAGCCGUGUUUCUGUAAGUACGCACAGGGAGCGGACAGCGUGGAGCCCAUGUUCAGACACCUGAAGAACACCUACUCCGGCCUGCAGCUCAUCAUCGUCAUCCUGCCCGGAAAAACACCCGUAUAUGCGGAGGUGAAGCGUGUUGGAGACACUCUUCUGGGCAUGGCCACUCAGUGUGUUCAGGUGAAGAACGUGGUGAAGACGUCUCCACAGACGCUCUCCAACCUCUGCCUCAAAAUCAACGUCAAACUCGGCGGCAUCAACAACAUCCUGGUACCCCAUCAACGGUCUGCAGUGUUUCAGCAGCCGGUGAUCUUCCUCGGGGCCGACGUCACUCAUCCACCAGCAGGAGACGGGAAGAAGCCCUCCAUUACUGCAGUUGUGGGUAGUAUGGAUGCUCACCCCAGUCGGUACUGUGCCACGGUGCGGGUGCAGAGACCCCGGCAGGAGAUCAUCGAGGAUCUCUCCUACAUGGUGCGCGAGCUCCUCAUCCAGUUCUACAAGUCCACCCGCUUCAAACCCACCAGGAUCAUCUUCUACAGGGACGGCGUUCCAGAGGGCCAGCUGCCACAGAUCCUGCACUACGAGCUGCUGGCCAUCAGAGACGCCUGCAUCAAGCUGGAGAAGGACUACCAGCCCGGCAUCACCUACAUCGUGGUGCAGAAGCGCCACCACACCCGCCUCUUCUGCGCCGACAAGUCCGAGAGGAUUGGGAAAAGUGGCAACAUUCCAGCCGGAACCACAGUGGAUACCAGCAUCACCCACCCGUUCGAGUUUGAUUUCUACCUGUGCAGUCAUGCAGGUAUUCAGGGCACCAGCCGACCUUCUCAUUACUACGUGCUGUGGGACGACAAUCGCUUCACCGCCGACGAGCUGCAGAUCCUCACCUACCAGCUGUGCCACACCUACGUACGCUGCACCCGCUCCGUCUCCAUCCCCGCCCCUGCCUACUACGCCCGGCUAGUGGCCUUCCGCGCCCGCUACCACCUGGUGGACAAAGAGCACGACAGUGGGGAGGGGAGUCACGUAUCGGGUCAGAGUAACGGCCGGGACCCCCAGGCUCUGGCCAAAGCUGUGCAGAUUCACCACGACACCCUGAGGACCAUGUACUUCGCCUGAUGGAGCUUCACCAUGCCCACUUCUUUAACGGCCGGCGAGGGCGGAGCGGGCACCGCCAGGCCCCUCAGUGGCCCUCAAGACCCUCCCGACCUCCCUGCGCCCAAGCCGGUCCACACAGCACCGCCUGAACUACAAAAGAACUACAAAAAAAAACUACAGAAGAACUACAAAUCCCACGCACCUGAACCGUACUGAAUUAAUGUGGAGCGUCCUGACCUCACCACAUUUCUUACAGACAGACAGGGCUCCACUUCAGUUCCCUGACCUGUAUUUUAUUUUGAAAUGUAUUACUGUACACUACCUUCACCUCCCCGUACGUAUGUAUAUGUUCGUAUGCAAUAUGGAGGGAGGAAGACCCGGCGUUCUGACUGCCACCGCGACGCUGCCUCUCUCAGGACGCCGCCUCGUCUCAGCGUCCCGCACCUCCCGAGGCCCAGCCGAGCAGAGAACCCCCCGGAAGAGGGACACACGUUCGCGUUGUUAUUUUACGUCGUCUUCUUUUGAAGUACACUAUUUUUUAAUAUUUUCAGAUUUUGAUUUUCUUGUAAUUUUAAUUCUUUUUUUAAAAAAGCCUUCGAAGAAUGAAAGCUACAUUAGCACUUAGCUUCUAGUUAGCCUCUAGUCACAGCGAGCCCAGAGUUCGCCUUUACGUCUACGUCUCCGUGCUGAAGCCCUCUAAACCCACCCUAAACCCCCUCACCACCCCUUGGAGCUUUAAAACUGACUUAAGGAUGAAUCUGAAUCUGAAUUUGAUUAUAUAUGAAUUCAAUUUAUCUGACUAUUAAAAAACAUAAUAUGAACUUAUUAAUGAGGUAAUUCAUAAGUAUAAAUCUUAACAAAUUGUGAAAUUUGCUGAUUUUAAACAGAUGUUGAGUUUACAGAUCAAGGUUUAUGAAGUUUUAAAAUAUACGGAUCUAAAUGACUGAAAUCUUAAAAUAUACAGAUCUGAAUUUCUAAAAUCUGAAAGUAUAUGGAUCUAAAAUUUCUAAAAUCUAAAAAUAUACGAAUCUGAAUUUCUGAAAUGUAAAAGUAUACAGAUCUGAAUUUCUAAAAUCCAAAAAUAUACAUCUCUAAUUUGUGAAAUCUAAAAGUAUAAGGAUCUGAUUUUUUUUAAAUCUAAACAUUUAUGGAUCUAAAUUUUUGAAAUCUAAAAAUAUACAGAUCUGAAUCUUUUAAAUCUAAAAAUAUACAAAUCUGACUUUUUUUAUUUAAAGUAUACAGAUCUGAAUACAGAUCUGAAUCUAAAUUUCUGAAACACAAAAAUAUAGAGAGCUGAAUUGCUGAAAUCUAUAAAUAUACUGAUCUUAAUGUCUAAAAUUUAAAAAUGUAUGCAUCUGAAUCUCUGAAAUCUAAAAAAUAUGGAUCUGAAUAUAUUUUAAAUCAGAAAAUAAUUUUAAAAUGUAUUUUUUAACAGGAGAUUUCACCACCUCACAAGUUCACAACAUGCAGAAAAGCAUUGUCUAAAUAUGUAAUGGCGUAAUUCAUAAAUUAAAAUUUUGACAGUGUUUUUUGUGUUUUGAACUUUUGUGGUGGUGAAAUGUGCUGCUGGAAUAAUACAAAAAAUGCAGAAAUGCAAAAAAUACAGAAAAACGAAGACAUUUAAAAUUUUUAAAUCUUCCACCUUACUUUUUUUUCCUAGUUUCCUAGUUUCCUAGUUACUAGUUACUAGUUCACAACACAAAAAGAGCAUUGUUACGGGCCUGCAAGUGGUUCACUGGUCUAAAGCGCUGCCACUAUGAUCAGGAGAUUGCCGGUUCGAAUCCCGUUCAUGUAGCUUUUCAUCCACUACCGGAGCCCUGAGAGAGCACAGUUAGCCUUGCUCUCUCUGGGUGAGUACAGUAGAUGGUGCUCUUUCCCCUCAUCACUCCAAGGGUGAUGUGGAUCAGCACAAGGCUGCGUCUGUGAGCUGAUGUAUCAGAAAUGAGUCGCUGCGCUUUCUUCCGAUGUAAUGCUACUCGGCAAUGCUGCAUGAGCAGCAGUUUGAAAAGAGGCAUGUGCUAGUCUUCACCCUCCUAAUGUUGUGGUGUCACUAGUGAUAGGGGAAGUUGGAUAAUUGACCGUGAAACCUGGAGAGAAAAUGAGGGGAAAAAAUAGGGGAAAAAAAGUUGUUACAAUUUGAAUAUAUGAAUUUAAAUUACAGCAUUAAAUAUGUCUCCUUUUUUUUGAAACGUCACUUAAAUUGAACUCAAAUAUACAAAAUUUUAGGGUCAAAUACUAUAUAAUGUCAGUUUUCAAGCUCUGUUAAUGCCCAAUGUUUGCCCUGGUAGGUGCAAAUUAACUGAGUGAUCUGUAGACCAUAGAUUUUAGGUGGGGGGUGGUGGUGUGUUGGGUCUUCUGCGCGGUUGCGAGUUUAGCCAGAGUCGUAUUUUAGCCACGCCUCUUUAGUGACUCAGUGGCAGAGUUAGCGUAACUGUAGACGGACUGUUGCGUGCAUUUCCGAUACGUCUUUUAUUAUUUUAUUUGUAUUUUUUUAUGUUACUCGAACUUUUAUCAAACGUGCAACACCGAAACCAGCAUUAUCAACCAACCAACCAGCCAAAUGUGAUGCCAACUGUUCAAGUUUGAGGCCUGAGGCACUUAUCUAACUUUACCAUAUUUUACCUUACUUUUCUUUUCUUUCAUUUGUUUGUUUCUUUUUUUUGUAUCCGGAGACAUGCAUCUCUCUUGUUUUCUGCCAGGAGCUAUUGGCCACAUGGUCUCAUUCCAGCAUAUGGUCUACUUAACUUUGGGGGAAAAAAAUUUAGUUCGAGAACGUGAUCUCAAUAGAGACUUUUAACGCCACUCAAACUCUCCAGUAUCACUCCAAUAUCUCACUCUUAUCACUUUUUAUCACUAUCACUCUCUGUAUGGUGCACAAUGGCCUUCCAGCAUCUAUAGACUGUUUAACGAACGGUUGCUUCCACUGACCUCCGAACACGAAGCAAUACAAGGUCACUGUCCACGACGCGGAAAAUCUCGUAUUGAAGAAUAAUAACGAUAACGGUUUACUGCACAUUCCACCUAUAUACAGAAGGAUGUACAUCUUCUAGCAUUUCUUACUCCGACUCCAUCCUUUGUUUUCUCGGUUCUUUCUACAGUUUCUACAGUAUGUAGCUGCCCACCACCUUCUCUCCUCUAUAAGACUCUUAUUACUGUGGCUGUUGGGUCACUGAACACAGCCCACCAGCCUGCCUACCAUUCUACCUACCUACCUACCUACCUACCUAACUACCUACAUACGUCCCUCACACACUAACUGACUGACUGACUGACUGUCACUCUCAUCCUUCAUAAAGCUCCGCCUCCAUCCGCCUUCGUAGCUCCUAUGAUGGACACUCAUAAAUACACAUACAUAGUCCAGUCAGAAUAUCAAAUAUCGUAUAGGAGAAGCACUUUGAAGAUCUAUAAUCACACACUGUAGCCCUGUAUACAUACAUUUCUCUGCAUACUAUUGUUACGAUCUAUGUACUACUUUACAGUAUUUGCUAGAUCAGGCACAGCAGUGCUGCUGGAGUUUUUAACCCCUUAACAAGUUUUGGCUUGUGUACAAGCUACAAGGGGAGGUAAAACAAGUUAUUUACAUUUUGUUAAAGGAGAACUCCGGUGUGAAAUUGACUUUUGGUGUAGUAAAACAUGAUAAAGAGUACUAACUUUUGUUAAAUAGCCCACCUCCGCUCUCUCCCACAGCUUUCUCAGAUCCAGCAAUUUUGUGUAGUUUGUCCAAACAGGCUUUAGAAUGGGUUUUAAUGGGGCAUAUUUUGCCCUUGCAGAUAAAUUGCUUUUUACACUGUUAUCCAAGCUUAAAUUAGCUCAACACUUCAAUGGUAGAAUACGGAAAGCUCUUGCAUUUAAAACGAGGCAUUAAUAACUUUUAAAUUCCAGAAGAAGUUCAUUAAAACUACUCUUUACACCCUGUAGCGUUAGCUACAUUUUCGGGUGCCGCCAUCUAAAAGGAAAGUCAUGAUCAGUAGUGUGUGAUGAUCAUGUAACGUUGAAGAAUGGAGAGGCACAAACGCGAACCAUUCUGUCUUCUUUUCCCGUCAACAUAAUGGCUCGUAACCCUAAUGAUCAUGACUUUACUUUAAGAUGGCGGCGCCCGGAGGUGUAGGUUACGCUCUGGGUUGUAAACAGUGUUUUGUAAUAAACUUGAGCAGUUUUUAAGUUAUUAAUGCCUCGUUUUAAAUGUCAGGGCUCUCUAGAUUCUACCAAUGAAGUGUGGAGCUACUUUAAGCCUGGAGAUAACAGUGUAAAAUGCGAUUUAUCUGCAUUGACAAAAUAUGCCCCAUUAAAACCCAUUCUAGCCUGUUUGGACAAACGAAAUAAAAUUGCUGGAUCUCAAAACGCUGUAUGAGAGCGGAGGUGUGCUAUUCAACAAAGGUAAGUACUCUUUAUCGUGUUUUACUACAACAAAAGUCAGUUUCACACCGGAGUUCUCCUUUAAUCUCUACUUCACUUAAUAAUUUUGGAUUAGAAUUUCAGAUCAGCAAGAGGAAUCCAGCCCAGAUUAUUCAGGUUUGAACAUAGACAUAGACAUGGUGUUGCAGAUUUGCUUCAAUAAUUUCUUAUCACACAAGAUAAAACCUUUAUAUGUAAUGCUUGAAUAGAAAUUCUUAUAUUAUCAGGCAUACAACUGAAUAAAAGGUGGCCUUUUAAGGGUUUAACACCUCAGUGUUACUGCUGGACUAAGAAUGGUCCACCAAUAGUGUCCUUCGAGUGGACAAUGUCCUGUAUUCACUGAUUCAGAGCUUCUGUCUCUGACUUUACUUUAUCUACAAGGUGGAGCAGUUGUAGGUAGGAGUGAAGCUGUAGGUAAUAGAGAGGAGGACAGUGAGAGAUUAAACACAGUGUUUAAAAACUCCAGCAGCACUGCUGCACCACCUGUGGGGUCCUGUUGGGGUAUUGAAGAACAGGAUGAAAGGAGGAUAAAAAUAAAGUAUGCAGAGAAACAGAUACAGAAAUACAGUAUAUUGUAAUUAUAAUAUUCUGAUUGGAUUGUGUGUAUACAUCUACAUACACAUAUACAGCUCUGGAAAAAAAAAUGAAGAGAUCACUUCAGUUUCUGAAUCAGUUUCUCUGAUUUUGAUAUUUAUAGGUUUAUGUUUGAGUAAAAUGAACACUGUUGUUUUAUUCUAUAAACUACGAACAUUUCUCCCAAAUUCCAAAUGAAAAUACUGUCAUUUAGAGCAUUUAUUGUUUAUUGCAGAAAAUGAGAAAUGUCUGAAAUAACAAAAAAAGAUGCAGAGCUUUCAGACCUCAAAUAAUGCAAAGAAAACAAGUUCAUAUUCAUAAAGAGUUUUAAAAGUUCAGAAAUCAAUAUUUGGUGGAAUAACCCUGGUUUUUAAUCACAGUUUUCAUGCAUCUUGGCAUCAUGUUCUCCUCCACCAGUCUUACACACUGCUUUUGGAAAACUUUAUGCUUUACACUCCUGGUGUAAAAAAUCAAGCAGUUCAGUUUGGUUUGAUGGCUUGUGAUCAUCCAUCUUCCUCUUGAUUAUAUUCCAGAAGUUUUUAAUUUGGUAAAAUCAAAGAAACUCAUCAUUUUAAGUGCUCUCUAAAUUUGUAUGCUCACAUACACACAUCACCACUAUGCCUCCUCCAUGCUUCCUUAUCAUAAUCUUUGGCCUGGUGUUAUUUUUAUUUUUUUAACUCGUCCACCAGAUGUGUACCGAGUACACGGGCGUUGAUACUGGCGGAUCUUUUUCAUUUCUUCUGUUUUUUUUUCGACUCAUAUCUUUAGCCAUGUCAUUGCUGUGGUUUUUAUGAAAUGCAUGUUUGUAAUCAAACUUGUGUUGUGAAUGGAUCGAACCUACUUUUAGUAACCGCGAUACACUCGUCCCGGAGAGUGUGCCCUUUAGUCCAUUUCAGUGCCAUGCGUUGUUUUUUUUAGUGGCCGUAAAUACAGUAUACUGCACUUCCUUUCUUUACUGUUCAAUAAAAUGGGCAAAAAUUGGUCUGAUGGGGGGGGAAAAACAAGAACUGGGUCAUUGACCCAUUGACCUAUUGAAAUUUAAAAAGAUUAGGGAUGUCCCUAUCAGAUCCAGUGAUCCCAGGAUUUGCGCUGAUCACAAUUCAGGUCUGAAAGGGUUAAAAUGCUGUAUAAUGAAAAUAUAAUAAACUACAAAAAUAAAUAAAAUAAUUAUGUUUAUGAAACAAGAAGCUUAAUAUGAAAUGCAAAAUAUGACGUACAGGCUUCCAAUGCAAUGGAAAUAAAAGUAAAGUAAGUUUUUAGGAUUUAUUUGCAAAAAAAAAUCAAUUCCACUAAUUCAGACUUGUAUUAUCUCCAUUAUUUGCCUGUAAUGCACGAAAUACUGUAAAGCCCUAUCUGGAUGGGAUUAGUUUUUCAGUUUCUCAGGGGUUCCUGUGGUAAUUUUCUCUUUUGGGUGGUCCUCUGUGAUUUUAUUCCCGUCCAGAACGACCAUGUACGUGUUUUUCUCAGACAUCCUCUGAGAAAAUUACAGGCUGAAUUAUCUACUGUUUUUCUCUGAACUCCUCCUCGUGGUCCUCCGGUAAUUUUAGUUCUGUCCAGACGCACAUCUCUGAGUUUCGUCUCCUCACAUUUAAUAAAAUAAUUUAUUGUUAAGUGUAAUUACGCACCUUUGUUUCCACAGAGAUUCCUGUAAAAACAACAGCGAGUGGAAAUGGAGGAGCUACUGAACUCCAUGUCACAUGACAGAGAAAAAAGCCUAAAAACUCAAAACUCACGGCUCCUCCCGUUUUUUUAAAUUGCAGUCUGGAUGCAGGAGUUUUAUCACUGAUUAGAAGCGUGACAUAUUUUUCACAGACGCCCGCUGAGAAACUAAUCCCAUACAAAUAGGGCUUAUGGAACAGUUUGUGUAGCAAACUAAAAAUCAACUAAAUUGGAGAUGCUUGUUCUUCCAUUAUAGAUAUCAGUCUACAUGUGGAUUAUAAGAUAUUAAACACACUAUAAUUUAAGAGUCACUGCUAAAUUGCAUAAAUAACUACAGAAUGUCGGAUUUUAUAAACUGAAACUAAAAUAAAUUACAUUUUACUUCAGUAUUAAUCAGGAAACACAAAUAUUGGAUCAUUAUUAAGAGAUUCUGAUCAGAUUGGGACAUCCCUAAUUUUAAAGAGAUAUUGGUAAAACAAUGAUUUAAAAGCUUACUUUUAUUUUAUUUUGCCUUUAUUAUAUAUAUAUAUAUAUAUAUAUAUAUAUAUAUAUAUAUAUAUAUAUAUAUAUAAAUAAUAACUGCCUUCAGAUCAUGUUCUGCAUUAAUUCUCUGGGGCGGUACCUCCCUCUCCCCCAUCAGACCAAUCCAGGAGUAAACUCUAUGAUGCAGAAUCAUUCUUAGAAAGCCACGAGAGCACACACACACACACACACACACACACACACACACAAACAAAAAAAAGACGCAAACCAAGAACGAGAACUGGAGAAUUUACCUUCACUCAGCCUCAUGGUCAAAGCAAUAUGAAGCCACUGAAUAAAAAAUAAAAAAAACGAACGGUCCUUAUCAUAGCACUUCCCAACAGACUGAUCAGAAGGACACAUAAACAAGUUACUUUGGCUCUGUAUGUAAUAGUGGGGGGAAUGUGUUGGGGUUAUUUUUUAAAUGAAAAUAAAAGUUGUUUUUUUAAUGA